UAACUGCUCACACCACCAUCCCCCAUUUCCAUACUAGAUUAAAACACUUCUCUCCAAAAUCAGCCAUGCACUUCUUCUCAAAGAGACCCAAACUCACCAGUGCCACGGCCAACGACUUUUCUUCUUCGCCACUUUCACUGCCUCGCCUUACCCAAGAACAAGAACUCGUCAUCAUGGUCGCUGCUCUAAAAAAUGUUGUCUCCGGCGCAGCCACCACUAGUAGCACUACUGCCACAUUAACAGAUUUCUCGCAGGAGUUGUUUAGCCUUCAGUUUUCUACUACUACUCCUGUUACUUCAUCACACUUUAGCACCAAUUCUUCAGCCAAUACUGUUACCACUGGUUUUGCCAACCCAUUGUUACUGCCACCAUUGGAUCUUGACACAUGCAAUGUUUGCAAGAUCAACGGAUGCUUAGGAUGCAACUUUUUCCCACCAAAUAAUCAAGAGGAAAAGAAAGUGACACGAAAACGAGCGAAGAAAAAUUAUAGAGGAGUAAGGCAGAGGCCGUGGGGCAAAUGGGCAGCGGAAAUCAGGGAUCCGCGGCGGAAGACGCGGGUGUGGCUAGGAACUUUUAACACGGCAGAGGAAGCUGCUAGAGCUUAUGAUAAGGCGGCGAUAGAUUUUCGAGGGCCGAGAGCGAAGCUCAAUUUUCCAUUUCCUGACAACGUUAGCAAUACUACAAUUUUGGAAGAGAAAAGCACUCAAGGUCAAGAGGAAGAACAGAAAGAAAAUUCUGGGAAAAGAAGAGAAUUUGAAGUGGAAAUGGAACUGGGUAAGGAAUGUGAAUUCUGGGAAAAUAUUGGAGAUGAUGAAAUUCAACAAUGGAUGACGAUGAUGGAUUUUGGUGGGAGUUCUUCAGAUUCAGCUGGUACUGCUACUACUGUAUUUUAAUUAAAUGUCAAAAUUAUUAUUUUUGUCUUAAUGGUUCUUUCAUAUGUUUUUUCAGAGAGAAUCAUUAGUUAAUGAUUUUAGAAUGUCAAUUUUUGUAAUACUAAUAAUUCUUUUGAUGAAAUGUAUACUAAUCAGUUUACCAACCUUCAAA